AUGAAUUCUAAAAUACUUAUUGACGCUACUUCUACAGGUCUUGUACUGUUUGAACAGCAAUUUAACGACUUAUUAGCAGCUGCAGAGACGGAGGAUGAAUCUCGGAACUUUUUAGAAGAUGAAUAUGAAAACCCAUUUCAAUCGUGGGCCGACAAUAUACAUAACAGAAGUAAGGGUUCCAUACAAGAAGGUUCAGGGAUAAACCCUUUGUACUUACCAACAUUGGCCCCUUACAUUAUUAAAAGUAUGAAAUUAUUACCCUUAUGGUCGGGUAUCAUGAUUUCGAUAUUCGGUUAUGGUGAUGAUAUUUCGACUUCAGCAGCAGUUGAAUCAAGCUUCAAGAAGCUUAAAACAGUAACAUUCAAACAUAUUUCAAUUCCGAUUGAUCUUGAACAUUUUUUGGAAAAUCAAAUUAAAUCGCUAAAAGGAGCUGCUUUGUUAUGGUCAUCCUGUAAGAAUAUAGUGAUUUCUUCAUUGCCUGAACCAUGUGAAACAAUUGAUGAUAGCCAUAGCUGUACAUCGCCAACAAUUAUUUCAAAUAAUUUAAAUGAAAAUGACAACAUGUACAUUGCAAAUCGCACGAAAUCUCCUCCUUAUGAUGCCUUAUAUUAUGUGGUAGAAAGGCCAAUUAUUAAGAAUAGUAAUACUGUAGAAUUACAGCUAGAAUCGGAUGAUAAUCUACAAACACAAUCAUUGCAGUUUAUCAAAAUACCACCUGGUAAUUGUACGAUCGAAGAAAGUAGAGCUGUUGAAAGCUGGGACCGAAAAAGCAAAAAGGAAAGAAAAAACAACUCUUAUCUCAAUCCAAACCCCCACUUACGGCAUCUAAAUAUAAGUACUGCAAAAAAUAAACAAACCUUACCAAUAUUGAAAAAUGGUUCAAGGUUUGCUGAAUUAAAAAGUUGCAAAUCAAGAGAAGGCAAUUUAAUUUUCAGCAAUACUUGUGCUUUUGAUGCAUUAGCGGCGUUAUUGAUGGUGUCUUAUUGUGAUAGCUACAAAUUUGCAACAGCGCAUAAUAAUAUGUGUAAACAUGUAGAGUUUUUGAAUUUCAUUUCUAAUAUUAUAACGGAUGGAGUAUCAAAAUCUACGUAUAGCAAAAGAGCGGAUAUCAUAAUUACAUUUAUGAGUCCUGAUGUUCAAGAAUUGGAAUAUGGCAACUCCUUAGUGACAUGUGAUGCGACAAUGAGUCAUGCUAUAAAUACCCUGCUUAGUUACAUUCCAUCAGCCAAAGAGGUAACGGAGUGCAUAUCAUCUACAUGUGAAAAAUCUGAGAGAUCAAUCAUGUACCUAACGUACCAAAUGGGUAAAGAAGGCCGUUUAGAUGAUUUACAGACAUUUUUGGAUGAACGUACUGAAACAGACUUUAUUAAUUGUCCACAAAUUGGCUGUGAAAAUCUGAGGUCUGUUAAAACAAAUAUUUCAAAAUUGAAUUUAUUCAUUGAUAUCCUUUAUUGGGAAGGAGAAAAUGUCGUAGUGAGUAGUGAAGCAGCAAAUAUCUUUCUGGUACGAUUGUGUGAUAUUCCUCCUAUUAUCAUAUGCGAAACAAUAACGUACGAACUUCGUGGCGUGAUACCUUUCCGUCAGGGAAAAUCAAAACUCAGACAUUCAAUUGGCCAUUAUACAACUUACGCAAAACGUGAUACAAGAAACUGGGAGUUGUAUGAUGACCUAAAAAUUAAACCUGUGUCAGUUAAGGAUACAACUAUAGUGCCAUGUGAAUUUUUAUUGUAUACAAUUUAA